AGAUAAAAUAUGCAUGAGAAGUUUUGGCAGAAGGUUUUUAAUAGGUUCUGUGUAGUUGAACUAUACGCUAAAACCUUUUUCCGUGAUUUUCUAUAAUUCUCACACGAAGUGACAAGUUUUUAACACAGCGGAAGUUAUACAAAGUAUUAUUGGUGAAAAAGAAUUCAAAAGUGAUGCAGAUAGAAUAAGAAGAAUAUUGUAACAAUGGAGUUUACUCAACCAUGGAAAAACAGUGAUCAAGUCUUGGUGGUGGAAGAGAAAGAUCUACACGUGCAUCGGUGUGUGUUGUCGUUGUGUUCGCCCGUUUUUGAUCGGAUGUUCAAUUCGGACUUCAAAGAAAAGACAUGCAAACGUAUAGAGCUUCCUGGAAAGAAAUACAACGAGCUUGUGGAAAUGUUGCAGGUUAUUUAUGAUAGAAGAAAAGAAAUUACAGAUGACAACUUUUGCUUUUUACUUUCAUUGGCUGAUGAAUUCCAAAUAGACCAAUUACGUGAUGAAUGCAUUAAACAUAUCAGGUUGGCCAACAAAACAGGAAUUACAGCUUUGAAAUAUAUGAAUGUAAUAAAACGAUUUGAUAUAAAAGACUUGGAUGACGAAUGCUUGACUGAAUUACAGAAAAUCCCAAACAAACAAAUUUUACAAAACUAUGACUUUGAGGUACUUCACGAUAGCACCAAGUUAGAAAUAAUAACAAAAAGAGCGAAAUAUCUUGAGAGAGUUAUCUCUCAACAUAAAAAUUCCGUUCAACCUUUUGUAGAAUAUAUUUACAAUCGCGCUUAUGAUGGUUAUGUAAAGUACUUACACGAUCAAGGACUGCAGGAAUCGAUGUUUACAAUAUGCGAGAAAUCAGAAAAACACAUUAACAAAAGGAUGGGACAGAAUUUCGAUUUUCAUUGCGAAUCAUGCCGAAAACGAGUGAAAAUAGGAAAAAAGUUCGCAAUUAAUACCAAAGAAAUUAGUGACAUGUUAGAGAGAUUGUACAUCUCACAGUAUAAAGACGAGACAGAAAUUUUAAAACGAGAUGAAAACCUCAAGUGUUAAAUAUAUUUAUAAAGAUCUUUGUGAAGCUAGUUUUUGGGACGUACUUCAUUUAAAAUAGCUCACAAAUCAUAUUAGAUGUUUAGUUUUGUUACUGUUUGUACAUACUGUAUUCAAGAGAAGAAAUCAUUCCA